GCGGUUUUUGUGUGUCCGUGUGUGAGCGAGGGGCGCGCGGGGUCCCGGCUCCCCCGCGGCGCUCUGGGGGGCCCGGCCCGGCCUCCGCCGCCAGCGCUCGGGGCCGGGGGCGGGCGGCCCUCCCGCAGGCGCGGCCCCGUCCGCCGGGCGCUCAGGGGGGUUCCCCCCCGCCCCCCUUGAGGGGGCCCCUGCGAGAGUGGGGGGCCCCCGCGGGGGCGGUGGGUGGCGGGGUCCCCCCCGAGGGCGCGGGGCGGCGGCGGCUGUUUCCCCGGUUCUCGGCUCCCCGGGCGGGGUGAGGGGCGGGCAGGUGGGCGAUGAAUGGUUUCAGCACCGAGGAGGACAGCCGGGAUGGGCCUCCCGCCGCCCCCUUUUACGGCCAGAGCUGCUGCCUCAUCGACGACGGCGACCGCUGCGUGCGCCCCGCCGGCAACGCGUCCUUCAGCAAGCGGAUCCAGAAGAGCAUCUCGCAGAAGAAGCUGAAGCUGGACAUCGACAAAAGUGUGAGACAUCUGUAUAUUUGUGAUUUUCACAAGAACUUCAUACAAAGUGUCCGAAACAAAAGAAAGAGGAAGACAAGUGAUGAUGGAGGUGACUCUCCUGAGCAUGAAACGGAUGUCCCAGAGGUCGACUUGUUCCAGCUCCAAGUGAACACUCUGCGACGCUACAAGAGACAUUACAAGUUGCAGACUAGGCCUGGACUCAACAAGGCUCAGCUGGCAGAAACUGUCAGUCGUCACUUCAGGAAUAUUCCUGUGAAUGAGAAAGAGACACUUGCAUAUUUCAUCUACAUGGUGAAGAACAACAAGAGCAGGUUGGACCAGAAAUCAGAAGGUAGCAAGCAACUAGAAUGAAGAUUAGCAAGACUUGGAAUAAGAGAGACCUUGAAGGAGCAGAUGGUAUUGUGCAUAUUUGGUAUAUAAAAACUGUUGAAGUAUAUUGUAAAUUUUUUUUUAAAUGCAGUGAGUCUGGAUGACAGAAAAAAAAAAAUACUGACCUUCUUAUCAGGAGUGUUUGAAAACAUGUGCCCAGCAUGUUUCUGAAGACUUCUUCACCUCAUUUCAAAGUCACAUUGGAAUCAAGAAAUGAGGAUAAUAGGAAAACCAAGUAAAUCCAUAGGACUGUGGAGCUUGUCAACUCAAUGUGUUAAACCAUUUCUGGAAAUCUGCAUCUCAGUGCAAUUCAGAUCACAGAUGGAAUUUUUUUUGCUGAAUUCAGACUGCAUCACCACCACCACGCAGUUUGUCUUGGCACAGGACUGGAAUAGCAGCAGAGAGAAAAUUUGUUAUUGAGGUGCAUGGGUCAGAAGUUUGUCUGAAGCUUGCUCCCCACCUGCACGUCUUCUGUCUUGCCUCGAGUCAGCGCUUCAAGUUCCAAACUUCUACAAAUGCUCCAGCUCACCAAAUCUACUCCAGUGAAUGCUACUUCACUAGUCUGAAAUGAUUUUUUAUUACCAUUUUUCCUCCCACCCCCUUCUGACCUGGAUGCCAAACAACUCUCUGCAGUCUCUUUUUCUGAUUUCUUUUAUUUAAGAACUUGCUAAUUAAUUGUCUGUAAGCAUUUAAAAACUUCUGCAUUUCCUCAGGAUGUGGUAUUGAGGCAAAAGCAGCUUAUUUGCUGGGUUUGAUCACGUUGGUAGAAAUGCUCAUUUAAUUCAUUUAGUAUUCAAGGCUCAGUGAUGGUUGAAGACACUUGUCUCUUGAUCUCUGUCAGAUCAGGUAUCAAUCACAAGUGAUGUGAAUAUUAUACUGAAGCUAGACUUUAGCAGGUAUCACAAAACUGCUGUGUGGAUGGGUAGGUUCUGUUUAGUAUAAAUCAGACUUAUUCCAGUGGGUGUAACACCAGAACUGGGAUAGUGACCUGGCUGGAGCAUGAUGCAUUUUCAUCUGUCUUUGCAGUGGGCUAAAAGUAUCGAAGUACUCGCCCUUGUGAGCAUCAUGUGUGCUUCUGUAAGAGCUGUGUGGGUGGAGGGUGCCACACUGGUGCUCUCUGAUUGGCCACUGUAGGAGGAGAUCCCUCUGAUUUUGUUAUUUGAAGUCCUUACAAAUAACACAGUGGUUAUUUUGGCAAAAUAAGCUUAUAAAACUGUUGGUUGUGACUGUUCUCCAGUGACCUCAACUUCUGUUCAGGGGGAUCUCAUUAUGUAAAGCACCACUGUUUCUUUGCUGUCCUAACCAAUAUCUCCAUUCUGUUAUAAGAUGCCAAGACUCCACAUAGAGAGUAUAUUCUCAACAAGCCUUAAGGAACGAACUGAACAGUAGGAAACUUUGGCUAGCAUUUUGUCAACAGCAGGUUUUAAUAUUCAAAACUGGAUGGAGUUUUUUUUUUUUGAAGAGCUAAACACGUAGAUCAUGAUCCCAGCUUAGUACUGUGUGACGUUUCAAAGGGCUGGAAGGGUUCACAUAGUGAAGCUCUUGCUGAAGCUCUCCCAGGGUCUCUUUAAAAAUCAAGUCACAAUUUAAAGCAAGUUGUUCACAUUGGCUCUGAAGUGUUUGCUAAUACUUCAAAAAUGUGUUCAACAAACCUUAACAUCUCUCAAGUCCUGUGUCAUAGGCAGAAAUACUCUGUUAUGGUACAGAUCCCAUGUGUAGAGUUUUGGGGAGUGUGGUUGUUUCAGCAUUUCCUUGCUCAAUUCAGUAUGGAUUUCAAGAACAUCAGCCAGGAGAGGCUCAAGGAAUGAGGAGAGAAUGAAUUCAUGAAUGUUUAAAAGUUUCCUAAUUACACUUGUCCUUUCCUUAUUGAAAGGCUGGAGUAAUUCCCACAUCAGUCAACACGAUCUGGCUUCUCUCAUUCAGGACAGGUAGCUAAAAGGGUAUGUUCUCUGACUGCAUGGUAAUCUUUAAAGUGCUCGUGUAAUCAGAGGGUAGUACCAAGGGAGAAUGAGUUUCUGAGUUGAGAGGGCAAUGCCUCGUCAUAACUUCUAGACCAAAACUGUAAAAAUGUAGUUUGUUUGGGAUUUACUUUUUGUGUUGUAUUUUCUUUUGUUUUAUUUCUAAGAGUAAAUAAAUCUGUUGGGGUGUUUUAGCAACCAGCAGCAAAAUUAUUCUUUUCAAGGAAAUACGGUGGCAGGUUCCAUCUGUUCAGGUGUAUUCACUGGAAUGCUUUUGUGCAGAGGUGGUAUCCAGGAAACUCUUUCUUUUUCUUUUCUUUUUUCCUGAAAAUAGUCAAUUGAUGUGAAAUGUGAUCCUUGUUGGUUUCACUCUUAAAGCAAUUAUACUUUUUUGAAAAAAAGAAAUUCUUAGUGAAGUGUGGUGAUGAAGAGUUGUUUACCAGCCAUUAGCAGUUGUUUAUAAGGUGGAAAGGCAAGACACCAAAGAAACAGAGGGAUCUUUGGCUGUCAGACCCCAUGGCCUUAUAAACCUUUGCAAAUGCCUUAUUACCUUGUUCUCAACUUAGCUAGAGCAAAACGCCUUGAGCAAAAGAAAGCCCAUGUCUUGUUGGAAGGGUCAGCCACUUUCUGGCUCCCACGCUAUGAACUGAGAUCACACGUCAAUUCAGUAGCAAUAUCCAUGUUCAGGGUGCCUGUGAUUCUUGAAGAUCAUUUAGUGUCUAAUAACCAGAAAACGCAACAAUGCAAUCGUCGUUCUGUAUGAUACCAUUCUGUGUAUUUGACUCCUUAUGCUGCAUGCCAAUUAAAAAAAAAAGACUUUCCACCUUUUUGUUUUGAACUUCCAAGUAAACGUGCUUGAACCUCACACUUGUGGAGCCACGAGGUGGGACAUUUUCUCAGCACUUUUAGAUGGGACUCGUUGGAAAGGUGGAAGACCCAAAUCGCUUUGGCUGGUAUGAUAAGAGUAAUUUUUUUUUUCCUUUUGCAUUUUGCUUUUCACAGAUGGGCCUUAAAUUCUGUCUAGCUUUGAACCAUGGAGCACAAGCCUUGGGGGCAUGGAGGAUGACCAGAUGUCAUCCAUUUAUAAUGGUGGAAGCUUAUUUCUUACAAGCCUGCAUAGGUGACAUUCACCCUGGGGCAGAGGGAUCAUCUUUGAAGCCCUCCAGCCAUUACAUAGCCUAAUUCAGUUCCAUUGCCUUAUUCAGUUCUCAUUGAAGAGUUCCAUUAACUUCAUUAGACUUCUGGAUAGAUCCAAAGCCAUUAGUAAGAAAUCCAAAUAAUGCAGGAACAUCUCUUCCAGGGUUAAUUUCAUCCUGUAUGCUGACCCUCUGCUCACCUUAAGGGAAGAAGAAGAAUCAUUGCUAGUAGUUAUUGGCUUGAGCUCAACUAAAGAGAGUUGAAAGCAUGUGAAGUCUUGAGUUGGUGGCAAUCUGAUGGCUGAAAAGUGCAAAUAUAUCCAAGGAGGCUGUGUUAGAAUGCAGGUUUUUUUAUAUUUCUGCAUCUCAAAGAAUAUAUCAAGCUGAAGUAAACAAUUGCAUUAAAAGAUAAUGUUUCUUUUGACAGGCACUUUAGAUGCUCAGCCUGAGAAAAGUGGAUUGGGCACAGAUUUGUACCACUUGUCCCCAGUACUCCAGAGUCCCAGUUUUCCUCAGAAAUGUGGCAAGAUAGCCUGAAGCACAAGACUUGACCAAAACAUAUCAAGUCUGGCAUUUAAAAUUAGUCUUAAGUGCAAACUUGCUUCGGACAGGCUUUGAAAUCAAGAGCCAAAAUAAUCCACAGUAAGUACGAGUUUGUAAGCGGGUCAUAAUGGCACAAAGAUGAUGAAACAGGACAUGGCCCACAGAGACUGAACAAAACACACUUCCACUGUUAGCAACGUGGAGGAAGAUUUGUUCUGCAUUAGCUCUUGUAAUGGAUGUUUUAUGAGAGGGGAAGAAGGGGGGAGCUGUGCACUUUACGUCUUUUGGUUGAGCCAAAUGUAAAUACCAAUGGGAGAUCUUCAGCAGUAACUGCAGUUGGAGGGGAAAGAAAUGGUCUGCUGGGGGACUGUUUAUUUAAAUUUGCAGAUAGUUCUACUUCCCCAGAGCACUAGAGUCACUUUGCCUCUACAGUUUGAAAUAGUGGGUAGUCUAAGGUAGCCUCCUGUACAGGAGUCCUGGUACUGCCCAGAGUAUUGACUGAAGAGUCCCAAAGGUGAAGGAAUGUUAUUGAUGCCUCACUCCUCUUGUCACUGAUGCCCUUUAGCCAUCUCUAACUUACCAAGUUAGGGAGUUUUCAUUUUUCACUUUCAAAGUGCAAAUGAACUGUUAGGAUGCAAGAUACUCCUUGCACCUUUCACAGCUGUCCCUGGUCUCACGUUAUGGACUUGCCUGUGAACACACCUGGUUGGAUGAAUUAAAUGGUUGAAGAAAGGGGAGGAGGGGGCUCCUGCCUUAAACCUGAACUUCCCUUGCAAGCAGCUCUGCAGGCCAUCCUGUACAUCUGCAGGCUCCAGGAGCCUCUUCCUUAGCUGAGCUGUAGCAGGGCUGGUUUACUUCUCCGGUCCUAGGCACAGCUCUCACAGCUGGAGUGCAGGGGAGGCUAAGAGCAGGUAACUUGCAGAAUGGCUUGAAGUCUUCUGGUGGGCUUACUGGGAGAGAAAAACUGUGUUCCCCCUUCUGUUUCUGGCCUCCAUAUGUUGUGCUGAUCUUAUGCCAAAUGUUUUGGACACCUUGUAUUUUUAACUGUGUAAUAUAGAUGUGUAUUGUUAAAGCAACUUAGUAACUUAUAGCAAAAACUGUAGAACUCAUUUCUCUGAGGUGUAGGAAAUGUCCUGCUUCCACUGUGUAUGAGACUUUAACUCUGUACUGUCUGACAAAGAUAAAAUGCUGAAUUUCACUUUAAUAAAUGAUCUAUCUAGCAACAA